AUGCCACAGAAUAAUACUAUUACUACGACCACGACGCCCGACACCGCCGCGCCCUUUGUGGCCCUCAAGCAGCCCGCCGUCGAGGCCCUCGCGCGCAUCCUCUACUUUUCGCGCGCCACCGCCUCGCCGCCCAAGACGGACGCCGCGUGCCAGCGCUGGCUGCGCCGGCAGAAGCGGCAAAUUGCCGACCUCGACGAGACGUCGCUGCGGCGCCCGCGUACGCUCUCGCUCCUCGGCGAUGUCCUUUUUCGUCGCGGCGGCGCGUUGGCGCGGCGGCGGCGGCCGCCGCAGGAGACGACGCUAGAAGCGGAGGGCGCGGCGGCGCUGUGCCCGAGCCACAAGAGGCUGGACCUGCGCGUGUUGAUGGCGCUGAUGGCGCUGGUCGCGGAGGAGGUGACGGUUUGGACGGAGAGUGGGAAGGAGAAGAGGUGGUGGGAUGAGCGAAAUAGGAGAGGAGCAGGGGAAGAAGAGGAAGAAGAAGAAGAGGCGGCGGUGGAGGUCUGGCGGAAGAACAUGGCCAAGAUUGCGGUGCUGUGGAUGGGGAGGAGGCGCUGGGAGGACGAGAUAGGCAGGAGCAUCGGGGAGCUGGAGGUGCCCCCGUGCGCGAGGUACCGCGGCUGCUGCGCGGCGUGCAAGCUCGCCGUCGUGGGCGGGUCGGCCCAGUUCCUAAUGGAUCUGCGGACGGGCCUGCUGGCGCGGCGAGAGCUCGCGAGGGGCUUGCAGGACGACGACGAGCCGCCGCUGCUGCGCAUGGUAGAGGCGUGGAUCGACGUGCGCUACACGCGGCGGCGGCAGCGGUUCAUGCGAACCGAGAGCGACAUGAUGGUGAAUCUGCUUGUGCGGAUGCAGACGAGCGGCGGCGGGAGCGGCGGGAAAGUGAGCGGUGGUCGCGGCGGUGGCGAACAGAGGACAAAGUAUACACAGUUUAGGGGGUGGCCGAUGCCGGUGAUGCAGGUAAAGGUGGAUGAGCUGAUACGGAAUGCUGCUGAUGAUGAUGAUGAUGACGAUAUCGAGGAGAAUGAGUAUGGACGCGGCGCGGCCACUCAAUGGCGGAGGGGGAAGAGGAUGCCGGAAAAAGAGGGGCACUUGCAGUACCUGCCCGCGAGCCCCCGCGCCGUUCCGGAGCCAUGGACGGCGCGCCGCGGCGGCACCGCGACGCACAAUGCGAAGAGAGACAACGCUGACUACCGCCGAGCACCACCUCCUCUUCCUCGUUCUCCUCCUCCUCCUCCCCACGUCGAACCGCCCUGGGUGACCCAAGACUACGACCCCCCCGCGGCGGCAACGUCUCUCGCCGCCGAGCCAUGGCACGCCGACUACGACGACUGGUCCAUUCGCCGGCAGUCGACGUGGUCUUUCUCGUCGUCCUCGGCCACCCUCUCCGCCAUCUACGACGCGUACCACACUGCCCCCAAAAGCACGACGACGGUGGCGACGAGCCUCUGCGCGCCAUCGCCCCUUUUCACGCAGCGCGGAGCAGCGGCGGCGGCGGAAGCGCCUCGCUCGGGUGCGGUUUCGCCACCGUCGCCGUCUGUGUACAGCCCGGUACAAAAGAGUAGUCGGAGUGCUGCUGCUGCUGCUGCUGCUGCUGCUGCGGCCACUACGCCGCGCUGGGGAGCAUCUGCAAGGUCGACGAGGCCGCCGCUGCCGCUGCAUCAACGACGGCUACUGAGCGAGAUUACGGUACCGAAACGUGCCAAGACGGCAGCAGCGGCCCUACGGCCCCCGCCGCUGGUGAUUGUGCGCGAUCCGAUGCAGAGUGUGCGUUUGGUUAGUUCGACGUUUUAG